CAGGUUCAGACUGCCGUCCAGUACGUGAAGGACUUGAUUCCUGCAGAUUUGGUCAAAGCCGCGAGCUCGUCCGAGUGGAAGAAGAGUAUCUUGAACGAAUACAAGAAGUCUGGUAAUAUGAGUGUCGAGGAAGCUAAGUUGGAGUUCUUGAAGAUCAUCUACGAGUGGCCUACUUUCGGGUCGACGUUCUUUGAGGUUAAGCAGACGACUGAGCCGACGUACCCGGAUAUUAUUCUGAUCGGGAUUAAUAAGAAAGGGGUUAAUGUUCUGCAUCCGCAGACGAAGGAUGUACUAGCGACUCAUGACUUUUCCGAGUUGAGUAAUUGGUCAUCGGGAAACACGUUCUUCCAUCUGACUAUUGGGAAUAUAAUGAGGAAGACGAAGUUGUUGUGCGAAACGUCGCAAGGGUACAAGAUGGACGAUUUGAUUACUUCUUAUACGGAUUAUAUUAGGAAUAGUGUUAAAAAGGAAAAGGAAAAGGAUAAAUUUGUUCUGUAAAAAGAGCAGAUAGGCAGGUGAUGAUGUUGCUGUGAAGUAUUUAUUGGGUAGGAAAAUUUUAUGAAAGUAUUGUAGAAAUGUAUAAAUUUAAUAAAAAUUUUCAAAUAA